UUACAGCACGAGACUCCGGAGAUGUUCUGCAUGUGUGUGUGAGAUUCCGGCACAUGGAUCUCUGUAGAGCGGAACAUCCUCCAACAGUCAGCAGCUUUUUAGGCUCCGACUGCAGAGGGACGUCCAGCUGCAGCGCCGCACACCGAGUCCCUGCUGGACAAAGCCUCCGCUCGGACAACAAGCCCCAGGAUGGACACAAAGUGGGAGCCAGUGCAGGGAAAAGUGCGGGUUUCAUCACAGAAGAACAGAGAAAGUGCAGAAAAGAUUCACGGAUAAUCAGCGCUUCUGUUAACGGAGUGUUUAUCAGAGAGACAGAAAGAAACAGUUUAAGAGAGAAAAAAGAGAAGCUGGUGAGGGAAAGACUGAUUAUAAGUGUUAUAACUGAGUUAAAGCGGUGAUGGGGAUCGAGGAGCUCAGUGUGAGGAACGGACGUGCCGUGUCUGACCGCUGGGCCGACAGCGUGGUGGUGCGACAGCGACCCACCGAGCGCCACAUCACCUUGCACAAGAGGCUCGUGCUGGCCUUCGCCGUGUCCAUCUUCACGCUCGUGGUAGUGACGGCUGUCGCCGUGACGCUGGCCGUCAGCUUUGAGAAAUGCAGCAGUGGUGGUGGGAACUCGGUUCCCCCCGGGACCGCCGGCUCCAAUCAGUCACGAGACAGCAAACAGAGAGGCGGAGACGUGCAGCCGUGGCGGCGUUUACGUUUACCGACAGCACUGCGGCCACGCCACUACGACCUCCAGCUCUCCGUCUACAUGCACAACUUCACCUUCUCCGGGGAGGUGAGCAUCGAGCUCGAGUGUAUAAACGCCACCAAGUUCAUCGUGCUGCAUGCCGACAGGCUGCACGUGGAGAAGGUGACCGUGUACUCUGACAAUAAGAAACCCGGCACCAUGAGGAUCCACCGGCACUUCCGGUACCUGCACAACCAGGUGUACGUCAUCGCUCUGCACCGGGAAAUGAAGCCGCGCAGAACCUAUAAGAUCCACCUGACCUUCCGGGCUCAGAUACAGAACCAGCUGCUGGGGUUUUUCCACACCUCCUACCUGCUGCACGGAGAGAAAAGGUACGCGGCCGUGACUCAGUUCUCUCCGACUCACGCGAGGAAAGCUUUCCCGUGUUUCGACGAGCCUGUCUACAAAGCCACCUUCGGCGUGACGCUGACACACGACACCUUGUACCAGUCUGUCUCCAACAUGCCGGUCGAGUCGUCCAGCCUGAGCAUGGACGGCAGACUCACCAAUCGAUUCUCCAGGACACCUCGCAUGUCCACUUAUUACGUGUCCUGGGCCGUGUGUGACUUCAGCUCCCGAGAGACGAUGACACAUGGCGGAGUGAUGAUACGGCUGUUUGCUCGACCCGAUGCCAUUCAGAGUGGAUCUGGAGAUUACGCCCUGCACAUCACCAAGAGCCUCCUCAACUUCUAUCAGGAUUACUUCAGAGUCACAUAUCCCCUGCCCAAACUAGAUCUCCUAGCUGUACCAAAACACCCGUACGCAGCGAUGGAGAACUGGGGUCUGAGUGUGUUUGUGGAGCAGAAAAUUCUGCUGGAUCCUGAAGUCUCGUCUUUCUCCUACCAGAUGGAUCUCACCAUGGUGGUGGUGCAUGAGAUCUGUCAUCAGUGGUUAGGAGACCUGGUGACUCCCGUGUGGUGGGAUGACGUAUGGAUUAAAGAGGGAUUUGCUCAUUACUUCGAGUACGUGGGGAGCGACUUCCUCUUCCCCAAAUGGAACAUGAAACAGAGGUUCCUGACCGAUGUUCUUCAUGAGGUCAUGCUGCUGGACGGUAUGGUGACGUCUCAUCCCAUCUCACAGGAGCUUUUCCAAGUCGCCGACAUUCACAGGGUUUUCGACUGGAUCUCCUACAAAAAGGGAGCUGCGCUAAUUCGCAUGUUGGCCGAUGUCAUGGGACAAACUGGAUUUCAGAGAGGCAUCAAUGAUUAUUUAGUGAAGCACGAGUACGGAAACACGGCAAGGGACGACUUGUGGAACUCAUUUUCAUGGGCCAUGCGGAGGGAAGGGAAGGACGUGGACAUAAAGGAGGUGAUGGACGGCUGGAUUCUGCAGAUGGGCUACCCCGUGGUCACCAUCAGCACAACCGAGAGCCCGGAGAACACCGUCACCAUCAGCCAGCAACACUUCCUGUACGACACGGACGCCAAAAUCCACCACCAUCAACUUCUUAACAAAAGUUUGCAGUGGCGGAUCCCACUGAAGCUGGCAUUGGGAAACUUCAGUCACACAUCAUCUGAGUCUCUCAUCUGGAUCUCUAAUAAAACAGAGACGCACCGAGUGGGACAUAUAGGCGAGGAGACGUGGUUGCUAGGCAACAUCAAUCAGACAGGCUACUUCAGGGUGAACUACGACCUCCACAACUGGAGACUCCUGAUCCAGCAGCUGAUGAUCAACCCCACAAUCAUCUCGGUGGAGAAUCGUGCUGGUCUGGUGGAUGACGUCUUCAGUCUGUCCAGAGCUGGAUAUCUCCCUCAGAACCUCCCACUGCAGGUCAUCUGUUAUCUGUCCAAAGAGGACGACUUCCUGCCCUGGCAUGCAGCGAGCAGAGCUCUGUACCAGCUGGACAAACUGCUGGACCGCACCGAGGACUACAGCCUCUUUAGUAGUUACGUGUUGAAGCAGGUGGAACUGAAGUAUCAUAAGCUCGACUGGCCGAGGGUGAAAGCAGGCAACUCCUUCAAGCAGGCCACCUAUCAUACAGAUGAGCUCCAGAGGGAGGUGAUCAUGUUGGCCUGUAGUUUUGGGAAUAAACACUGUCAUCGACAGGCCAUGUCACUCGUCUCUGAGUGGAUCUCCAGUGACAAGAACAGGAUUCCCCCCAGCCUACGGGACGUGGUGUACUGUACGGGCGUGUCUCUGAUGGACGAGGACGUGUGGGAGUUCAUGUGGAUGAAGUUUUGCUCCUCCACCGCCAUCUCAGAGAAGAAGGUCCUGCUGGAGGCCCUGACCUGCAGCGACAACACCUUCCUACUCCACAGACUGCUGAACGCGUCUCUAAACUCGGACCUGGUGCCUGAUCAAGACGUGAUCGACGUCAUCAUCCACGUCGGACGAAACCCACACGCACGUCACUUAGCCUGGAGAUAUUUCAGGGAGAAGUGGAACGAGCUGAACUCCAGGUUCGGUGAGGCUUUGUUUCUAAACUCCAAGUUAAUCAGUGGAGUGACAGAGUUCCUCAACACACAGCGAGAACUGGAUGAGCUGAAGUCCUUCAUCCAGACGAGUCCUGCUGGAGCUUCUGAGUCUGCGUUCUCCCGAGCGCUGGAGGUGGUGCAGGCCAACGUGAAAUGGCACAAGCUUUACAGUGAGAGCUUCUUCCAGUGGCUGAGAAAAUCCAGUGAUGGUUAAAGAUCCAGCUGCUGCUGACGUGUUCGUGUGGAGCCUCAUCACACGUUUACUGCACGUUAACCAGGAGACGUGAGAAGAGCACGAGAGCAGACGCGAUUAUACACCCGGAUCAUCUGGAAACACGGAUCCAGGAGGACGAGGAGGAUGAGGAGGAAGUGGACAGGAGUUGCAUGAUGUUUGUUUGCUCUACUCUCCUUCACCUGGUUUCUGUUUAAGUUUUUUUAAUGCAUGAAGGACACAAGAGAAGUUUCUUCCCCAUGCAAAAAGCAGCUGAAGGAGAGCAGGGUGUGGUCACGUGGUCACGUGGUCACAUGGUCAUUUAUGGUGGUCGUCAUAAAGUGCUUGUAUUUUGUGUCAUUCCUUCUUUCUCUCUCAGUGACGAGGGAUAAAUGUCGAGAGGAAACUGUGGUUAGUGAACACCGAUGUACUAGGGUUUG